AUGAUUUUUUCAGCGCGCAGAUUAUUUUUGAUUUUGAUCCUCUUCGGCUUCCUGGUCUUUUUUCUUCUAAAUUUGUCGGUCAACGCUGCUGAUGACGAAAAAAGAGAAGCCCGCCCCGCUCUUGCCCGCGCCGUCUCUGUCAGACCUUUGAGUGUUUCUGUCCAGAACCUCCUCGGCUCCGACGCCGUCUUCGCCAAGAUGGGUGACAAGAUCGACGCCGCCGCCGUUGCCAAAGUCAAGGGUGUCUUCCGAUUCGACAUCCAGGAGAAGAAGAAGACCGUCAAGACCUGGACUGCUGAUCUUAAGAACGGUGACGGAUCCUUGGUCGAAGGCGAGGGAACUAAGCCAGACGUUACUAUCAUCGUUUCCGACGAGGACUUUGUCAAGCUUGCUGCUGGAGAGCUCGACGCACAGAAGGCCUUCUUCUCCGGAAAGCUCAAGGUCAAGGGAAACAUCAUGCUUUCCCAGAAACUCGGCGCCAUCCUCAAGAACUAA